UGUUUGCCCAGCUCCUGUGUUUAUUGCUUCUAUCUACGUUUGUGCCUUGGAGAGCAUCGUCUUUUUACAGAAAAGGUUGAAUUCUCAAAGUUCUUCAGUAAAGUUCCUCAACUUGGACCGGGACUCUGUAUUUCUUUGGGAUUCCUCAUGUUGGCUAUCUGUCAGCCUGUUUAUACAUGGACACAAACACGUAGGACAGAAUAGUAAAAAGACGACUUCACGGCGGGCACUACAGCAACAGGAUCAAUAAACAAUGACGGACAACAGCGUAACCAAUGGAAACACUGAAGGUGAUGAGACGAAACAGGUCCGCUCACCUGAUGCUGCAUCUUUACAUUCCGCCUCAUCAUCUGGAUCUAAAACCUCCUCAACUGACAAAGCUGCAAUCAGGGCUCGCGCCAAAGUCAAAGCUGCCCGCGCACGUGCAUCCUACGGUCAACGGGAAGCUAAAUUAAAGGUAGAAGAGGCCCGUAUAGCAGCUCACCUGAAAUUAGAAGAGGCUCGUCUAGCAGCUGACAUUAAAGUUAAAGAAGCUCAAAUAGCCGCCGAGUUAUCAACAUUGGGGCAUGAGAAGGAGGUAGUGGCAGCUAUAGCAGAGGCUCAAGUUCUCGAAGAAGCGGCUGAACUUGAAGAUCGUGAGGGAAGCGAGAAGAGUCGAUACAAAUCGGUUAGCAACAGCCUUCAACGCACACGUGACUACGUCGAACACCACUCUAAGCUACAGAGCCCCUCACCUCUCAGCCACGAACGAUGUUCAUGCAGUACAGCAACCUGCAACCACAACGCCAGCUGCCACACAUCAACCUGCAAGUUCAACGCCAGCAGCUCCGGCACAGAAACCUGCGAGGUCAGCACCUGCAGCUCCGGCACAGCAACCUGCGAGGUCAGCACCUGCAGCUCCGGCACAGAAACCUGCGAGGUCAGCACCUGCAGCUCCGGCACAGAAACCUGCGAGGUCAGCACCUGCAGCUCUGGCACAGCAACCUGCGAGGUCGAUGCCAGCUGCAGCACAGCAACCUGUGAGCACGUGUCCUACCAAGAAGUAGGCAAGAUGGCGAACGAGAGAAUGAACGCAGCUCGAGCUUGA